GAAAAAACCUGCUCCCACGCGGGUCGCGAGGAGAACAAACAAGUCUCUGCACGGCUGCACCGGAGCAGGAACCGAGAGAGAGAGAGAAGCUCUGCCCCUGAGCUCCUCCGCCGGCAUGGAGAUCCUUCAACAAGGCACUAUGUCGAUGUUCCCUGGGAUGGAUCUUACGAAAAUGGAUCCUCCAACUCUUACCCUCCUUGGAGCAGCUUGUUGUGUAAUGUUGUCUAUGCAUUUCACAAUACAGCUGGUAUCACAGCAUCUUUUUUAUUGGAAAAAUCCCAAAGAGCAGAAGGCUAUACUCAUUAUAGUGCUGAUGCCUCCAUUGUAUGCUAUGACUUCCUUUGCUGGUCUUCUGGAUAUUAAGGGAAGCAAAACGUUUUUUACAUGCUUGGAGUCUGUUAAAGAAUGUUAUGAAGCACUGGUUAUUGCUAAGUUUCUGGCAUUGAUGUACAGCUACUUAAAUAUAUCUAUCAGUAAAAACAUCGUACCUGAUGAAAUCAAAGGGAGGGUGCUUCAUCAUUCUUUCCCUGUUUCUCUUUUCCUGCCCCGUAAUGUUCGGUUGGAGCACAAGACACUUAAGCUUCUGAAGUACUGGACCUGGCAAUUUGUUGUUGUUAGGCCUGUAUGCUCCAUUCUGAUUAUUGUACUUCAGCUUCUUGGGUUGUACCCCAGCUGGGUCAGCUGGACGUUCACAAUUAUAUUGAACUUUUCAGUCUCCAUGGCAUUAUAUGCCUUGGUCAUAUUCUAUCACUUGUUUGCUAAGGAGCUGGCACCUCACAAGCCUCUUGCAAAGUUCUUGUGCAUCAAAGGGAUUGUCUUCUUCUCUUUCUGGCAGGGCUGUGCCUUGGAUGUUUUGGCUGCUGUAGGGUUUAUUCAAUCUCACCAUUUCUGGCUGGACGUGGAGCACAUCCAGGAGGCAAUCCAGAAUGUCUUGAUUAUCCUGGAAAUGGUCAUCUUCUCAGUUCUCCAGCAAUACGCAUAUCACGUUGCUCCGUACAGUGGCGCUGACAAGGCAAAAUUCGAGAAGAAGAAUGAAUGAUCCGCCAAGCAACAUAAGCAGCUUGUUCUUGUAUGGUUUUGUGUGUUUGUGCUGGGAACACGGAUUCAACAUGCUAUAGGACAUGCAUUUCCUUUUGGGCAUGUGUAGAGUGAGUCGUUAUACGUUGAACAAUAGAAUACCGAGAUGUCCAGGAUUCAGGAACAUGCAGGAAUGGCACUGUUAUUUGCGCUGUGAAACUAUGUAAUGCACCAAUAAGGAGAAUUUUGGGGUUUUCCCGCUCCAAGAUGGAGUCCUGAAUAAAUGUGGUUUCCUGCUGAAA